UUCCUUUUCCUUCGUGCAAGCUCAGCUGCUGCGUCAGUAGCAGUCCUGUGUGCCAACAGCAUGAGGUGGUAAGGCAGAGUAGUCGGGGAACCCGGAGCAGGAUCUGCCUCCGCCGCCGCCAUGCCAUUCCAAGACCUGGAGACACUUUGAAACAGGGCCCUUGUUCCAACCCAGGGAUCUUCUGUCUACUGGUGAUUGUUGUGCCAACCCACGGGAAGAAGAACCAUGACUUCAGUUCUCUACAGUGUCCGCCUUCAGCUGGAUGAGAACCUGGAGCAGAUGCAACAGGGGACAAUGAUGCGCAAGGUGAAGUCCAAGAACUGGAAGAAACCCCGGUACUUCAUGCUGCAGGAUGACUGCAUGACUGUCUGGUACAAAUCCAAGAUGUCUGGCAAAGCCAAGUCUGCCUUCUCAGUGAGUGAUGUGGAGACUGUUCGUGAGGGACACCAAUCAGAGGUCCUGCAAAGUCUAGCGGAGGAGUUCCCAGCCGAAUGCUGCUUCACGGUCGUCUUCCAUGGACGCCGUAACAAUCUAGACCUAAUUGCCAGCUCAGCGGAGGAAGCUCAGUGCUGGAUCCAAGGCCUGCGGCGCCUUGUGGAGAUUGUCACUAACAUGGACCAGAAGGAGAAGAUGGAUCAAUGGAUCUGUGACUGGUUCAUGAAAGCUGAUAAGGACAAGGAUGGACGUAUGAAUUUCAAGGAGGUGCAGCACUUGCUCAGGAUGAUGAACGUGGCUAUGAAUGAAGACCAUGCCUUCCGGCUCUUCCAAAUGGCCGACAAAUCAGAGACAGGUACACUGGAGGGGGAGGAGUUUGUGCUCUUCUACAAAGCACUGACUCAGCGGGACGAGGUGCUCGAGUUGUUCCAGGAGUACUCCGAGGAUGGCAAAAAGCUGACACUGUUGGAGUUUGUGGACUUCUUGCAACAGGAGCAGAUGGAGGGGGCUGGCAUUGAUGAGCUCGCCAUGGAGAUGAUUGACAGAUAUGAGCCGUCUGAGACAGCCAAGGCUCGCCACAUUCUGAGCAUUGAUGGGUUCCUCAUGUAUCUCUGCUCACCCGAUGGCUCCAUCUUCAACCCUGAGCACAGGACGGUCUUUCAGGAUAUGUCUCAGCCCCUCUGCCAUUACUUUAUCUCCUCCUCCCACAACACAUACCUGAUGGAGGACCAGCUGAGAGGACAAAGCAGCGUGGAGGGAUAUAUCAGGGCUCUGAAGCGGGGCUGCCGGUGCCUAGAGGUGGACUGUUGGGACGGACCUAAUGGGGAGCCCAUUGUCUACCAUGGCCAUACCUUCACCUCUAAGAUCCCCUUCUGGGAAGUUGUGACAACCCUCGAUAAAUAUGCCUUCCGGGCUUCUAAAUACCCCAUUAUCCUGUCUCUUGAGAACCACUGCAGCAUAGAGCAGCAGGACAUCAUGGCCCAGCAGCUGAAGGGGAUUCUGGGAGAGCAGCUCCUCACCACCACCAUAGAUGGACGUGUCCCAGUGCAGUUGCCUUCACCAGAGGAACUGAAGGGCAAGAUCAUCCUGAAAGGGAAGAAGAUCGGACACCUGGAGGAUUAUUUGAAUGGGCAUCUGGAUGAGCCGCCUGAGCGGGAAGAGGAGGAGGAGGAGGAAGAGGGACCAGAGGCAGAGGAAGAAGUCCUGCGCAAUGAAGACAAGAAGAAAGAGAAGAAGGCCAAACAGUCCCUCUCCCAGGAGCUUUCUGACUGCAUUGUCUACUGCAAGAGUGUGCCCUUUCACAGCUUCCAGCACUCCCGCAGCCACUACAAGUCUUAUGAGAUGUCCUCCUUUGCUGAAUCCAAGGCCCGCAAGCUCAUCCGAGAGGCUGGAAAUGACUUCAUCCGCCAUAAUGCCUGGCAGCUGACACGCAUCUUCCCCAGCGGUCUGCGGACGGACUCCUCCAAUUACAACCCCCAGGCGAUGUGGAAUGUGGGGUGCCAGCUGGUGGCCUUGAAUUUUCAAACGGCUGGUACAGAGAUGGACUUGUGCGAUGGGCUCUUCAGUAAAAAUGGCCGCUGUGGCUACGUGUUAAAGCCGAGCUUCAUGAAAGACCCAGAGACAGCCUUCAGUCCUGAGAACCCCCAAAGCAGGGAGAAUGGUAGCCCACUUAACAUAGCCAUUAAGAUCAUUAGUGGGCAGCAGCUCCCCAAGAUGCCCAACAGCAAAGAAGGCUCCAUCAUCGAUCCACUAGUGCGAGUGGAGAUUCAUGGGAUCCCUGCUGAUAGUGCCAAGCAGGAGACCAAAUAUAUUGAUGAUAACGGUUUUAACCCACAAUGGAAUGAGGCCUUUCAGUUCCAGGUUUGGGUACCAGAGCUGGCACUUCUGCGCUUUGUGGUGGAGGAUUAUGACAAGGCAUCUCGGAAUGACUUUGUGGGACAGUACACUCUACCUCUUACUAGUGUCAAAGCAGGAUACCGCCACAUCCACCUUCUUUCCAAGGAUGGGACAGGGAUCCCACCAGCCUCCCUAUUUGUCCAUAUCCGAAUCAGGGAGUUGUCAACAGAGAGUGACUAAAGCAACUGUGUCUCCAAAUGCAGCUCUUCCCUCUCUGCCCCAUUUAGGUUGGAGAAUGUGGGGGGAGGGGGAGGGAAGGGGACAAGAGUUGUCUUAAGAAUGGAUGCCAUACCCCACUCCAUCUGCCUGCCUCUCUUGUUCCUACACAGCACUGGACUGAAAAGUUACUUUGCACUACUAUAUAUAUAUAUUAUUAUUAUUUUUUCAAAACAAAAACCCAACCCAACAGUUUUGUAUCAUUUUGCUGCUAUUUUUUUAAAGAAAGAAUUUAAACUAUUGUGAUUUGCACAGUUCCCAGACCCUCCUACUAUAUCUGUCCACUCGUAUGGUUCAGUUUUAAAAUCUACCUCCGUUGUGCAAAAAGGGUAGGAUAGGCUACUGCAGCCGCGAAUGGGACCUACCCCAAAGCAGACUUAACGAUAUUCAAAAGGAAGAGUGAAUUUCUUUCAAUAACGUCAGCCAACCAUCAAGUCUUUCCAAAGGGCUUUGUUUUUCCACCUGUCUUCAAGGGCAACUCUCCUGAUCUGGGCCCAGAAGUAGGUCCAGUCUGCUAGCCACCUUUAAAGUAGCAUCAGAAGGUGGCUGGUCAAGCUUUUCCUGGAUGCUCCUGACAAGAUUUGGCAAUAACCAAGAGAAGAGAGAAAGGAUUCCGGUGUUGACUCUUGUGGCAGCAUCUCUUUCUAACUGAGCAAAAGAGACAGGAAGAAGCUAAGCUGUUGGACCACCUGCUCUUUUUCCUUGCAGAUUGCAUGAGAAAGGGGAAGCCCUGCUCUAUUUAUUCCCCUUGCCCAAUCUGAAUGGUACUGAGAUACUGCAAGAUUUUCCCUUCCUCGUCUCCUAGCUGUAGCCCUCCCGUUACCACCACCCAGUUAGCAGCUAAUAGGGUGCUUGUAUAAAUGGAUGUUGCAUCGCUUAGCAAACAUUUGACAACAUGCAUCUGGGAAACUGACAUCGCACAUGGAAAGCCUUCCACAGAGCCGCUAACAAUACUUUCCAACGGAGGCAGUUUGCACAGCUAGGUAGAAGCCAUCAAAUGAUGUACAGUGUGUGCCUAUGAUUAUCAGCCCUCAGGGAAAAAGUAGAAAGGACUUAUCCCACUGAUUCCUUGAAGACUGCCAUAAAGAUAGAAGGAAUGCCAACAACUCCUUUUCUCAGCUCAAUAACCAUUGGCUUCCUGUCAAGUAUGUGUUGGCCAAGGAGCUCUGACAGUCUAAUUCUGCCUUUAUAUAGAAAGAUGUUGGCUAGACUCGAAUCAUCCUCUAAAUCAACUCCAAGUAGGAAGUGAUAAGAUUCUUAUAGAUGAGCUUGUCUUUUUCUGCAUCAGCACUAACAAUAUUCAUACAACUGACUCCUCAGUAAGAAUUCUUCCACAGCAGGAAUGCCUUGGUAUUCUCAAAGCCUCCAUAAACAUAACGCCUUUUUUCUGAUGCAAUUAAGAUGCUAGCUCCACAAAAAUGUGAUGAGAACAAUGGUCACCAACACAGAACCCACAGGUGACAGUGCAUCAACUAGUUCCUAUGGUGCUCAAAAAAAGGUCUCAGCAAACAUCUCAAAAAUCCAUAAUGUGUAAGAGACUGUUUGAGCUUCUUGUUCAACCCUAUUUCAUUAGAUACCAGGAUUGUACAUGCUUUUGGUGUCCUCCUCCCCCUAAUGAUUGGGGGGAGGGCUGGGCUAUCUGUACCAUUUGUUGUCCUCCUUGUCUGUUCUCUUAGUCAUGUGGUAGUCAUUUUCUGUUAUGCCACAUUCCUACAGCAGCCAUUUUGUGACUGGUACCCGCAGCACUUCCUCAAGAAAUGUACCCAGUGGCACAAUUCUUAUUACUGUUAUUAUUAAUUAAUUUUGUAUCCCGCCCUUCAUCCAAAAAUCCCAGGGCAGUUCACAAUAGAAAAAUACAAAAUGAGAAUACAAACUGCAUAAUAAAACGUAAACAAAAGCAAACCAUUAACUCCCCUCCCACAAAUACAUUUAAAAGGCUACAGAAUGUUAAUCACUUGAAUGCCUGGUUGAAGAGAAAUGUUUUCACCUGGCACCUAGGUUCCAGGUGGCCUUCCCUGGGGAGAGCAUUUCACAAACAGGGAGCCACCACAGAAAACGCCUGUUCUUAUGUUGACACCCUAUUGACCUCUUGUGGAGGCACACAAAGAAAGGCCUCAGAUUAUGAUCACAUUGUUUGGGUAGGUUCAUGUGGGGAGGGGCAGUCCUUGAGGUAUUGCAGUCUUCAGCCGUUUAGGGCUUUAUAGGUCAAUACCAGCACUUAGAAUUGGGCCUGGAAACUAAUUGGCAGCCACUGCAGUCAAGCCAGGAUUGAUGUAAUAUGCUCAACCUGCUUUGCCCCAGUGAGCAACCUGGCUGCCAAAUCCUGCAUCAGCUAAAGUUUCCGAACCAUCUUCAGAGGCAGCCCUACAUAUAAUGCGUUGCAAUAAACUAACCUAUAGGUUAUCAGAGCAUAGAUGACAGAAGUUAGGCUAUCCCUGCCCAGAUAGGGGCAUAGGGGUAGGGCCAUCAGUCCAAGCUGAUGGAAGGCAUUCUGGGUUGCUCAGGCCACCUGAGCCUCAAGCGACAGCAAAGGACCCUGAAGUACCCCCAAGCUAUGUAUCUGCUUCUUCAGAGGCAGUGUAACCCCAUCAAGAACCUCCCAUCCAUCCAGUCUAGGGAAUCACCUACUAACAGUGAUUCAAUCUUAGGUGGAUUAAGCUUCAGUUUGUUUGCUCCCAUCCAGUCCAUUACCAAGGCAAAACAACAAGGUUGCUUGCCCCUAUAGCCAAGGCUCAGCUCCUUACCAUUUAGUCUGAUCUUGCAGUAGGUAUACUCCAGUGCUUUUGUGCUCUAGCAAUUUCAGUUGUUAAAUUAUCCAGUCACACAAAAUAGUGCAUGUACAACUUCCACAUAGCAGCCACAGGCUUCUGCCUCUGAUAGGCAACCCUUUUGGGUGGAAUGAUUUUUGCUGGGAAGCAGAAAUAGCAGAUAGAACUACAGAGGCCUGCUGGUUGAAAAAUCAAAAGACAGGAUAACUCACCGCAACUCUAAGGUAGCCAAGAGAAGAGGAAUUUGAUACUAUAAAAGCUGCCUCCAUCUUAAGUCUAAAUGGGCUAGAGCAGUGAGGCAGCCAAUGUGGUGGCUGCUGAACUACAACUCCCAUUAUCCUUUACCAUUAGCCAGGUUGACCAGGGAUGAUGGGAGUUGUAGUCCCUCAUCAUUUGAAGUACACCCUGUAUGCACCCCACUGGAGGCCAGUUGGACUUUGCCAGUCCCAGAUCAGGGCUAGCAUGAUGCCCUCAAUGCUGGACUCCAACUCCUAGCAUACCUGGCCACUGAACAUGCUAUCUGCUGAUGAUGAUGGGAGAUGUUGUUCAACUAUAUCUGUAAAGUGCCAUGUUGGCUGCCCUUGGGCUAGAGUCUCACAGAACAGAAACCUAAUUCAUGUGGAAACAGCACUUUGGCUGUGACGGAUGUGACACAGUUACCUGCAAGCUAGCUUGCCUGUUUACAGCAUGCCUAUGCAUCCAGUCAGCUUGUCUUGUUCCCUAGCCACAACCCUCCUACUUGUACAUCUUUGUUUAACUCAGGUAUGUUUACAGAUGCAAUAUAUGUCUAAAAAUAUCUAUAGCAAUGCAUGGAAUGUCAUUUACUUCCCUAAUACUUCGGCCUCCUUUGUAAAGGGCCGAAACCCUACAUAUGCAAAUUGGUUUUAUCAAAAUAAUAAAAAGACAAGUUAAAAA